UUUUCUGAGAAAUAUUAGCCGUAUUUCUUUGUUCCACUUGCCGACUGGGAGUUGGAGUGGGACUGACUGAUCAACGCCUCAAGGGUUUAACAAAGAAUCUUACUCUCUUUGGUUUUGUCAAGGGACGCUUAGAAAACCCUUUCAUAUAACAUCCAAGUGGGAGGUGAAGUGAUUAAACGUGCUUCUAUAUCUGAAAGGUAAAUUAAAAAGCAUCCUUGUUUCAGUUCAAUAUGGAUAGCAAAUCCAAAGGCAUAGCCUGGGUUGGCAACAUCUAUCAGAAGUUUGAAGCUAUGUGCAUGGAGGUGGAUGACAUGGUGUGCGAGGAAACAUUUAGAUGUGUUGAAAACCACUUGCAGACAGUUGGUGCUAAUGUUAAACAGUUCUGCACAGAAUUCAUGCAAGAUGUGCUCCAUUCACCUGGUGCCAAAUCUGUGGAAGAGCGUAACUUGUCUCUAGUGCAAAAUUCUGGUGUCACAGUUUGUGAAAAUUUAAACAUAACUAUUGAUGAAGAUAAAUCUCAGAAGGAACUGAUCCAUUCAUCUUCUGUUCAAUCUGUUGAUGAUGUACAUUUUGGUUUAUCUUCGGAGCAAAGUACAAAGGAUGAGAGUGCCUUGGCUCAUUCAGGCUCCAUACCAUCUGAUUCUGUAAUUUUAGCUCAAGCCUGCAAGAAUGAACUUCAGGACACUGAUUCUACUCUAGAUGACGCCUCAUUAGAAACAAUGGAGGCUAGCCACCAAUCUGCUACAGAAGUGGAACUAGAAGCUGCUCUACCAUCUUUUGAUGAGGCAAAGCUUGAAGAAAGCUGCAUUAUAGUAGACAGUGGUGAUCUUCAGUCUCUGUCUAAUGAAACAGGAAAACGCAGGUCAUACAAGAAAAAAUUUCGGGAGUCUUUGUCUUCUAAGUUAAGGUUAAGAAAGCAGGAUCGUGAACAGCAUGCUGGAUCGAGUACGGAGAAAGGAAUGAAUGUUGGACGAUCCAGUCAAACGGACAAAGCUAAAUCACAAGACAUGGAAUUUUGUGAAUCGGAUUGGGAGCUUGUUUAGACCAAGUUAACUUGGUUUGUUUAUGCAGAUAAAAUAAUAGAAUGCAGACAAACAUUCCUAAUUAAUGAGUCUGGAAUUUUCCCACCGGAUAAAAUGUAUAGAGAUGGAGAGAAUUAAGCACUCGAGGAAAUCCAACCACCUGGAGUGGUGGAAACUGGAAAUUUAAUUGUUUUCUGCAAAUUGCGGUAGGCUUUAAGCUUCCAAUGCACAUUGUGGUUUUUCUUGCCUU